UCCAGUUCCACUUCUACCACAACGGCACAACCUCAGUCCUCAGCCCGGCGAGCCGCCGCCCGCAUCGUUCAACCCCCGUGCCCGGCCGCCGUUUACCUACCGCUCGCACGCGCGCGUCGCUCCUUUUAUCACCUCUCAAGUCCCAGCAGGAUCGGCCCCCGCGCAGCUUCGCCCCCACAUCUAUCGACCCGAAUUCUCCACUCAAUGGACCCACCCAAGCCGCCGUCCUCGGUCGCCUCGUCGUCGGGGCCGGAGACGCCGAACCCGCACGCCUUCACCUGCGAGCUCCCGCACUCGAUCUACGCGCUCGCCUUCUCCCCCGUCGCGCCCGUCCUCGCCUCCGGCAGCUUCCUCGAGGACCUCCACAACCGCGUCUCCCUGCUCUCCUUCGACCCCGUCCGCCCCUCCGCCGCCUCCUUCCGCGCCCUCCCGGCGCUCUCCUUCGACCACCCUUACCCACCCACCAAGCUCCAGUUCAACCCCCGCGCCGCCGCGCCGUCCCUCCUCGCCUCCUCCGCCGACACGCUCCGCAUCUGGCACACCCCGCUCGACGACCUCUCCGACACCGCCCCCGCGCCCGAGCUCCGCUCCGUUCUCGACAACCGCAAGGCCUCCUCCGAGUUCUGCGCACCCCUCACCUCCUUCGAUUGGAACGAGGUCGAGCCCCGCCGUAUCGGGACCGCCUCCAUCGACACCACCUGCACCGUCUGGGACAUCGAUCGCGGGGUCGUGGAGACGCAGCUCAUCGCGCACGACAAGGCCGUGCACGACAUCGCCUGGGGGGAGGCCGGGGUCUUCGCCUCCGUAUCGGCCGACGGCUCCGUCCGCGUCUUCGACCUUCGGGACAAGGAGCACUCCACCAUCGUCUACGAGAGCCCCCGCCCCGACACGCCGCUACUAAGGCUGGCGUGGAACCGCUCUGACCUCCGCUAUAUGGCCGCGCUGCUCAUGGACAGCAGCGCCGUCGUCGUGCUCGACAUACGUGCGCCCGGGGUGCCGGUGGCCGAGCUGCACCGGCACCGGGCGUGCGCCAACGCAGUCGCGUGGGCGCCGCAAGCCACUAGGCACCUCUGUUCGGCUGGGGACGACGGGCAAGCAUUGAUCUGGGAACUGCCUGAGACGGCGGCGGCUGUACCCGCCGAGGGGAUUGAUCCUGUGCUAGUGUACGAUGCAGGCGCCGAAAUAAACCAACUUCAGUGGGCGGCCGCGCACCCGGACUGGAUGGCCAUCGCCUUUGAGAACAAGGUCCAGCUUCUUAGGGUCUGACAAGAAAUUUUCUGAAGAAAGCUCGAUUGUGUGGAGCCCUGGGACUUUGGAAACCAUCUGCUUGUAAUCUUGUGUUGGCAAACCUCUUGACUUAAGCUCCGGCAAGCAAGGAAUCAUAUCUGUUCCAGGUUGCUACCUCUUUGUCUAGCGAAUGAAGU